AUGCUUCGUAUUGAAAAGCCGUACAAUGGGGUCCCCUUCUUUGUCUCUCCGUUUCUUCUCCAGACUGUCUUCAUGGAUCCAAAAUGGUUUCCGCCGCCAGAUCGUCCCUUCCAGCCGGGCAGUCGAAGCAUCCUCGCUGCCGGUACCAUCGGUAUCACGACUUUAUUGAUUCCCAAGGGCCAGUUGCGCAACAUCAUUGCCAUCCCUUCCAUUCUUUGGAUUCUUUGGAUUCUGUAUAAUCUGCGCCAGCAUACUACGGGAAAACCUGAGGAGGAUUACUUGACUGCCGUCAACAUUUCCAUCACCCUAGCCAGAUUCAUCGACGUCUGCGUGUUACAUGACGCUGAACAGUCAUUGCGACGAGUCAGAGCAGAUGGCAGUGAUAGAGAAACUGCAGAGGACAUCCAGAGAAUGGGCAGUCGAUUCGUUCUCGAACAGGCCCUGAGAGCAGCAUACUGCUUCGUGUACAUCGACGUUCACGAGUGGUACAUGCGGCGGACGCCCUUCGGUGAUGGCACCACCCAUAUGCCAGACUUCUUCUCGCUGCCGCUUGAGAAGCAGAUAUUUCUCGGGUGGCAGACUGGAUUGCACAAUGGGUUCACAAUGGUGUUUGGGUACUAUCUGGUUACCAUUUUUGCGGUUGGUGCUGGCUUUCAUAGUCCCCAGUCUUGGCCGCCUCUCUUUGGCUCGUUCAUCAAGAAAGGAUAUACGGUGAGAAACAUCUGGGGAUACUGCUGGUGGGUGAAAUCUCGCAGUCCAAUGGGGUCGUUGUCACUCACCUGGCACUACAGGCACCAGCUCCUGCGUCGAACCUUCGAGACAGCGAAUUCCAGCCUAACAAGGCUGGCGAGGAUUCGCAAAGGGACUCUGGCCUCACGAUACCUUCAGCUUUACAAUGCCUUUGUCGUGUCGGCCUUGAUUCAUCACAUUGGCGCCCUCAAUUGCCCUUACUCGGAACUGCCGUGGUGCCAGUUCUACUUUUUCAUGAUCCAGCCGGUCGCCAUCACCGUGGAGGACUUCGCUAUCUAUAUGGGGAAGAAGGCGGGUCUAAAGGAGUCCUGUAAGUUGUGA